AUGGCUGCGUGGCUGUGGUUUGCUGCGCUGGUCUGUGGCACGCAGGCAGCUGUAUUGCCACCACCCUGGGCGGACGCCAAGCGGAAUCCAUGCGCCAACCAUCCACGCGGGUGGCUCAUGCUGUACUGGCCCGCUGACGGGAAAUGCUACACUAUUUACAAGAAGGGGUACCCAUGCUCGGAGACGCAGGAGCUGAGUCCAGGUCGCUGGGGCGGGAGGACGGUGGCCGAGUGCAAAUGUCCGCCGGGAACAGCCCAGCUGCCGAACUCCACGACCUGCUACAAGCUAUUCGACCGGGGUCCAUGCUCGCCCGGAGAGUACUUCGCUCCGGUGGAGGAGUCAUUCAACAAGCGAGGGGUACGGCAAGGCAUGUGCGUGAGGCCGCAGCAGUGCGCCGAGACCUUGCUCUACUGGCCCGCCGAUGGCCGCUGCUACCACAGACUGACCCAGGGCCCCUGUUACCCCGGCACGAUCCUUGACAUAGGGGAAGAUGGCUUGGCUAACUGCACGUGCGCGGCGGACGGGCCCAACUACUGGUCAGCCGACGGCGGUUGUUAUUCCCACUACACAAGGGGCCCUUGUGAGAAGGGUCAGCUGUUUCUCCCUGGCUCCAGGUGCGGCUGCGACAGCUACCUGCCUCACUACCACAACGAAACUGCCUCCUGCUACGAGCUAGAUACCCUGGGCCCUUGCACCAAGGGGCACGUGUUCACCAUCUCGGAGGUGACUGAGCAGGGCUCGAGGGCGUCGUGCCGCUGCAAAUCGUUCCACGCGAGGGCUCACGACGGCGCCUGCUACCGUUUGUACACGCGGGGGCCCUGCAAGAACGACGAGAUGGUCGCGAGGGGCGGUCGCUGUACCAAAGUGCCAUGCGGCAGGGGCCGGCUGUACGUGCCGGAGCGGCGGCGCUGCUACCGGCCCGGCGCUGGGGAGCCCUGUCCGGCGGGCGAGGUGGUCGCCUUCGACUUCGACGCGCGGCCCGCCCUAGACGGGCUAAGCCACAACGGCGUCUGCGUCUGCGGCGGCGGGGUCUGCGCGCGCCGCGAGGUGGCGGCUUGCUCCACCCGCAAGGGCGCAGUGACCUACAACAACGCUUGCCACAUCUUGCACACGCAAGGGCCCUGCUCUGAUGGUGCCUGGCUGGUGUGGCGAGACGGCCCCAAGUGCGAGUGCAGGCCCGGCCAGAACUGCGACAGCAAAGUGGACAGC